UAGCCUAUUUUAUGUUAUAUUGGUUUACAUGACUAUGGAUUAGUGAAUAUGGAAUUUUACCGAGUAGGCAUAAAAGUUGAACAGCAGUCUCAAAGUCUUUGUAAAAAUUACUUUGUAAAAAUCACUGUAAGAGUAAUAAGAAAAAUAAAUAAAUAAAUAGAUAAAAAAGUAAAAGGAAAAAGAAAAGACUUUGCAGCCGAUUUAUAGAUAAACAGGAAGUCUUUUGGAAAGAGCUCAAAGCAACCAAUCACAGAGUCGCCUCACGUCACAUGACUACUAAUUGGCUUCAUUGAGUCCGAACGUUGCCCGACGUACGAUAAACACGUAUUUGUACGAUGAUUACAUUUAAAUUAAUCCUCUUUACGCCGUACGAACAAAAAUAACAAAAAAAUACAGACUAGACAAUAAUUACAUCCUGCACGUACCUACUUACCGCCAGGUGGGGGCACUGUUCUCCUUUAAGAAGCUUUUUCCACAAUAUCGGUGUUAAUUUAUUUAAAAGGGUAAAAAACACAACAAGCCACACCAUCCACGGUUUGAAGUAAUUCUGGAGUGUAGCGGAUGGCCAUAAACAACCUUAAAUUAAAUAUGUUCCCUCAAAAUAUCUUAAUUUUAAGACUCUGGUACGAUAAUGUGUCAUUUCCCAUUUGGCAACACGUUCGCCUGUUGUGGCACGCCGAGCCAGCCCAGCCCAGACAGACAGGACUACUCCCCAUCCCAGACAACUUUGUUUGCAGACAGAAAAAAAACAACGAACAAUUAAUUAAACACAUUUAUCGCGUUUUGGACGUGAAGAGGUGAUGCUGGGGGUGGCCGGAACGACGGGCAGCAUUGCCAAUGCCUUGGCGAGUGCGGCCUGUGAGCGAUGCAAGAGUGGCUUCGCUCCCACAGAGAAGAUCGUCAACAGCAAUGGAGAACUGUACCAUGAGCAGUGCUUCGUGUGUGCCCAGUGUUUCCAGCAGUUUCCAGAAGGACUUUUCUACGAGUUUGAAGGCAGGAAAUACUGUGAACACGACUUCCAGAUGCUGUUUGCUCCUUGCUGCCGCCAGUGUGGCGAGUUCAUCAUCGGCCGCGUCAUUAAGGCCAUGAACAACAGUUGGCACCCUGACUGCUUCUGUUGUGACAUCUGUCAGGCUGUGCUGGCAGACGUGGGCUUCGUCAAGAACGCCGGCAGGCACCUGUGUCGCCCGUGCCACAAUCGGGAAAAGGCUCGUGGCCUGGGGAAGUACAUCUGCCAGAAGUGCCAUGCCAUCAUCGAGGAGCAGCCGCUGAUCUUUAAAAAUGACCCUUACCACCCGGACCACUUUAACUGCAACAAUUGCGGGAAGGAACUGACAGCCGAAGCCAGGGAACUGAAAGGUGAACUCUUCUGCCUGCCCUGCCACGACAAGAUGGGGGUGCCUAUCUGCGGCGCUUGCAGGAGACCCAUCGAGGGCCGCGUUGUCAACGCCAUGGGCAAGCAGUGGCAUGUUGAGCAUUUCGUGUGCGCCAAGUGUGAGAAGCCUUUCCUGGGCCAUCGCCACUAUGAGAGAAAGGGCUUGGCCUACUGUGAGACUCACUACAACCAACUGUUUGGCGACGUGUGCUACCACUGCAACCGUGUGAUUGAGGGCGAUGUGGUGUCUGCACUCAACAAGGCCUGGUGUGUCACCUGUUUCUCCUGCUCCACCUGCAACACCAAACUCACUCUCAAGAACAAGUUUGUGGAGUUCGACAUGAAGCCUGUUUGUAAAAAGUGCUACGAGAAGUUUCCUCUGGAGCUGAAGAAAAGGCUGAAGAAGCUGGCUGAGGCUUUGGGACGCAAGUAGGCAACAACACAGAGGUUCCCACAAUGGUGCUUUUUAGUCAUGACCGUUCACUUUUUAAAAACGAUAUAUAUAUGUAUAUAUAUAUAUACAUAUAUAUAUAUGUGUAUAUAUAUGUAUGUACAUAUAUGUGUAUAAAAAUGUGUAUCUAUAUAUAUAUAUAUAUAUAUAUAUAUAUAUAUAUAUAUGUAUAUAUGUAUGUAUAUAUAUAUAAAUAUAUUACACCUGUACAGUCGUCCCUCGUUUAUUGCGUGUAAUUGGUCCCUGGCCUGACCGUGUAAAACAAUGUUUAUUAUUACUUAAUCUAAUAUUUUCAUAGAGCAGAAGUGUCCAAAAGUGUCCAGCGGUUCGUGGCACAUUUAAACAAAAAGUGGAAAAAAAUACAAACACUGCAGCUAAUUUUUUAACGGCUCGCGGCACAUUUUAAAAAUACUUUUACAAAAAAAACAAACAUACGAAGUGGAAAAAAAUUCAAACGCCACAGCUAAUUUUUGAAAGGCUCUCGACACAUUUAAAAAAUACUAGUACAAAAAAAACCUACUUUAAAUAGUAGUGACUAUCAUUAUCGAUCGCAACAACGUAAUAUAAAUACUAGAAGUGGGAAUCUUUGAGUACCUCACGAUUCAGCCCGAUUUUGAUUCUUGGGGUGACGAUUCGACUAAGAAUGGAUUCUCGCAUUGUAAUGUUUGGUAUAACAAUUGUAACCUUUUCAAAACAUGUUACACAGGGUACCUGCGGGGUCUUAAAAAGUCUUAAAACUAAACAUUUGAAUUUGAGGCCUUAAAAUGUUUAAAAUUCUCCUAAAAUCUCAUAGAUGGUCUUAAAUACGAGGUCUUAAAAAUCUGUUAUUCUUACUUUUAUUCAAACCAUGCAGAAACUUCAGUCUUGUUUUUAAAUGGUUCGAUUUUUGAGGACGCUCUAACAUAACUACAAAACAGCACUAAAGUAGGCUACCUGUGCUGCCCGGUCGGAAGUAAUCGUGCAUCACCUCGUGGUGUUUGUUUAUAUAUAUUUUAAAUUAUUUUACAAUAGAGAAGCUUGUAGUGUAUUUAGUUAGUUAAACCAUUUUGUUUUCCAAUGUGAAAGAGCAGUGAAUAAAUUCAUAGACUUAAAACAUCCUGGCCCUCUGAUUUUUCUGUAUGUCUUUGUACUUUUUUUGUCCUUUUUGGAUAUGAAAUGGCCUUAAAAUAUGUUCAAUAUGGUCUUAAAAAAGUCUUAAAAAAUCUUAAAUGUGACUCGCUGAAACCUGCAGGUAAACAACCUUCUUUUGGUUGCAGACGUAUGACAUAUAAGUGCAGCAUGUAAACAUGGGAAUGGCCUAAAAACGCCUUUUAAAACAGGGUUCCCCAACCUUUUUUCCACCAGGGACCGGUUUAAUGUACGCAUUAUUUUCACGGACCGGCUUUCUACGUGCGGCAGAUAAAAACAGCAAAAAAACGAGCGUGAUCAAUUAGCCUUUGUCUACAAUCUGGCACAUUAACAUUUUAUAUGUCCAUUAAUGUGCACUGUCCCAUGUACUGUAACAAAGGACUUGUAAUAUACAUCUAUUAACAAGCUUAUUGGUGUGUUUAGUGGGACAAGCUAAUGUUACGUCGCAGAAAAUGCACUGCAAAAAGUCAGUGUUCAAAAACAAGAAAAGAAAAUACAAAAAUGAGGGGUAUUUUAUUUGAACUAAGCAAAAAUAUCUGCCAAUAGAACAAGAACAUUUGGCUUGUCAAGACUUUCCAAAACAAGUAAAAUUAGCUAACCUCAAUGAACCCAAAAAUACCUUAAAUAAGUAUAUUCUUACUAAUAACAAGUGCACUUUUCUUGGUAGAAAAAAAUAAUAUGAGACCUUUUUGCUCAAUAUGUUGAAAAAUAUUCUUAAAUGCUAGUGCCAUUAUCUUGACAUAAUGAUAUGCGCUCGACAUUACAUUUCUUGAAACCAGCAAACUUAUACUAAAAACUAGUUUAUUUUUUUUUACUGGAAAGGCAACAAGGAAACCGCUUGUUACUCUCUGGGUCUCCUAGCCGCUCAGGCAAAUCAUAUGGUCUAAAAAUGCAUUUUUCCAUGGAUAACAUGACAUCAUUGCACCAAGUGCGUGCUCUUUCAGUCAAUUAGUGCGCAUAUAUACAGCCCGGCCCCCGGCCAAACAUUUUUUAAAUAGUAAUUUUGAAGAAUUUAUCUGAAUGUGCAUGAACUAUUUCUGUUCAAAAUUGUUAGAAAUGUCACAUGUUAAAUGUUUAAAUAUUAACUGUCAGUUUACUGUACUGUGCCAACUGUACUACUAUAUGGUUAACCGAUUUUCUAUUGUUUCACUGAAAAUAAAACAGUCCAUUUGGCUAUCAUCCGUUUUAAUUAUGAGACACAAUUGUGUCAAAGUCAUGAUUUUUUUUUUCAUGCUUGAAAUAAGAAAUUAUAACUUUAAAAAAGUAGUUCUAUACUUGUGAGUGUUGAUGACACAGCUUUGCAACAGUUGAUAUUCUAGUUUCAAGCAUGUUUUACUCAAUAUAGGUCAUACAAUCUCAGCAACAAGCUGUAAUAUCUUACUGAGAUCAUUUAGGACCAAAACCCUUAAAACAAGUAAAACACUCUUAACAUAAAAUCUGCUUAGUGAGAAUAAUUAUCUUAGACAGAAAAUAAGCAAAUAUCCUUAUUUGAGAUAUUUAAUCUUACUUAGAUUUCAGCUUUUGUAGUGUAUGCGUGGCAGAUAAAAACAGCAAAAAAAAGGAUCAUGAAAAAUGAGCCUCUGUCUACAAUCUGGCACAUUAACAUUUUAUAUGUCCAUUAAUGUGCACUGUCCAAUGUACUAUAACAAAGAAGUUGUAAUGUACACCUAUUAACAAGCUUAUUGCUGUGUUUAGUGGGACAAGCUAAUGUUAAGUGGCAGAAAAUUUGGUAGUUUAUAAGUUAUUGUUUCGGUGGUUGGGCACCACUGUUUAAAACAACUGAUUCUUAAAAAUAAAUACAUAAAUGAUUUAAUUGAUCUUUGAAAACUAUGAAAGCAAUUUAGAGUCAUAAUAAGUAGGAAUCGCGAUCCGGAUGAGAAUUGUUUUUUUAGUACCUUUUAAAAAAUACUGCACUGUAUUGCAAGUACGACUUAAUUUAAGACAAUUAUUUUGACUCGGGGGCCACAUUUAGAGAAAAAAAGUGUCUGGGGGCCGGUAUAUCUAUUUUUAAGAACACUAAUACAAAACCUCACAAUAAUGUCUGAUUGAAUGCUAAAAACGUUAUGACAGACCGCCUUAAAAAACGUAAUGGAAUUUUACAUUUUUCUAUGAAGGAUACAACACUGAAUAUUGACAAAAUAUGAAUGUCACACCCCCUUUCGAUCGACAUAUUUUACAAACAAGUGAAACGCAACAAAAAUGAAACAAACCGUGAAAUAUGAACACGAGGGUACAAAAUAAACCCACCUACAAUCUGAUAUAUGUGAUACAUCACGAAGCUUUAGAACUUUGUUGUGCAAAUCUCCUUCCGCGUCUGUGGAAACGCUUCCCGCCCACACUGCUUGGUGUCUCGUCUGAGCUGCUGUGGCGUAGAUUACCAUAGUAACUAAUUAGAUGACCAUAGUAACUAAUUAGAUUACCAUAGUAACUGGUGUAUCAUCCAUGUAUCGUUCAAGACUUACGGUCAUUAGAAAACAUGACUGCACAUCAUAAUGGCAGCUACACUUUCCAUCUUAAAGAUCUACAAAAAUGAUUUGGGAAUGUCCGGCGGGCCAGAUUGAAAAGCUUAACGGGCUGCAUGUGGCCCCCGGUUCUUAAUUUGCCCAGGUCUGAUUUAAGACUAAAAUUCAGGGCCAAUAAUAUGUAAAAUAAAUCUGUGGUAUACUGAAGCCGCAAAAUUUGAAGCGAGGGGCGACUGUAUAGAUAUCGACACAUGCAUUCCCAAAGUGACCUUAACUUAAGUAUGUACUCAACUAGAAGUGGUGGCCAUUUAUCAUUGCGCUCUAAAAAUGAACUUUCAGUGUGACUUAUAUCUUGUGCCUUGACUGUAAUAACUGUGUCUUACAUGUACGCUAUGCUAACUUUAAUUGUGUAACACAUUAAUGAUGAUACAUUAAUACAUUAAUGACUGUCAAAUGGAGAGACCUAAAGCCACGUGUAUCAAAUCUCCUAUUUGGCUUCCAUACUAGAGAAAACGGCUUUUAAGGUACUAAGUGUAGCUAUUAUGGAACUACAUGUCAAUGAAAUAAAGUCUGAAAUAACUGUUUCAAAAUGGUGCAAAAUUGACAUUAAACAAGUUGUAUUUUGUUCUCCAUGCUCUAUGUCUGUCGUGCAUACUUUUCUUUUGGGAUUAUGUCGUAAAAUGUUGGAUACAAGCGGCCUCACUUGUGCUGGACAGCCAGUUAACAUCUAAAAUGUGCUUCAAUGCUGUUUUCGUGUAUUUUAGUCAAGUCGUUUAUAAAAGGUAAACACGCUAGGCUCGAUACACAAUGGACAUACACUAUGGACGGCUAGAAGACGGAACAGCACUUAUACUUUUGGUUGAACGCUCUAAAAAGAAGGUCACCGCAGCACCCGCAGUGAGGAAACUCGUCCAAAAGAUGGCACCAUAGUACAAACAAUAACACACCUUUUUAGUGUCUUUGCUUGUUUUUUUUCAACUAUUUGCAUUAUAACCAUUAGCGAAGAAAAAUCCAUAGAUUAUAGUCCGGAAUUAUGCAACUGUAAUAUUAUAAUGACAAAUAUGGAGUUUUAGACUGCAAUAUUGUUCAAUUAUUACCCAUGUCUAGCUUGUGUGGUAUUGUGUGCUGAGCUGUUGUGUAAUUGCCAGCUCCUAUAUCCUCUGCUACUAGACAUAGGCUAUAGUCCUAGGCAUAGUCCUGUAGCCUAUGCUACUUUACAUACCCUGGGAGAAUGUAUGAUUU